AUGAGCCUUCGGAUCCGAAAUUUGUCUCUGCCCAUUCUUCGUGUCGCCAAUGCAAAACCCUUUUCCAUCUCCAGCGUUGCUCGAAACGAUGAAGAUGGUCCCUCAGGCUCUCAGCAGCCAUCCGAACAGCCCCAGCCACGACGGGGCUUAAAGAAUAUCAAUCCACGUCCACAAGGUCCACGUAUCAUUCGACAAGCAAACCCUCCUAGACCCGAUCAGCCAAUGAAAGCUGGAGGGCCAUCAGUACCCUCGAGGAAGACGCCCUAUGGCGGUCAAUACCAAGGUCAAAGACAAGGACAAUCCCCAGGAUCACCUCCAACCGUGCUUCGCCGAACCGGAACGGGCACUGGUCGGCUUCCAUCAGGGCAAGUUCAAGGAUCACGCUUUAUCCGAAAAUCACAGACUGGCGCCCCUGAUAGUGGUCGGAGAGGGAAACCUCAGAGUGACAAGCGGAUGGCCUUGGCUCGUGGAAAGGCCAAAGAAGACAAGGAAAGUGAGCAAGAUGCGGAGGUAGAAGACAUUGAUGCCCAGGCCGAUGAUUACAUAGCGAAAUGUGUCGAUCGUCCAGUCAACCCUACAGAACCCAUCGAACAUGUACCUGGCGAAAACAUGUCCAUUGAAGAAUUACGCAAGGAUUGGCCCAACAUUCCCCUCUCUGCUACAGGUCUGACUGAGAGUGUACAACAAAGAAUUGAGUUCCUAGCGCACCGCCUUCCUCAUGGCUAUCAGACGCCAAUGCAACUCGUCGAGCGUUAUCGAAAGGGCAAGCUCACACGAUUUGAGUCCGAGGAGGAGAAGGAAACCGUGUUGAAGCUCGCAGCAGAAGUUUCGAAGCAAAAAGCAGAUGAAAUCACUGAGAAGAAUGGUGUGGAGGUACACGCGAAGGACAUGGCAUUUGAUGAUCUCUCCACACGAUCCGAUGAACGCAAUACUCUGGCUGAUGCCUAUGUCAAAGGCACAUAUCCGGCCUUGGAGAAGCAGAAGAUGCCCUUCCUCGACCAGAUCACUCGCAAUCUCCGCAACAAUGACACAUACAAUCCCAUGCAAAGUGAACAGUUCAUGAAAGCAAUUGCAAGCAUGACCUCACAACGAUAA